GCUGGGUGGCGCCGAUUUCCCGGGGAGGUCCUUUCUGGGCCCCCGGCGGAGGUGGGGGAGAGGCGGGCAGGCACCGAGCGAGGCCAGGGAGCCCUCUGCGUCAGCCACUGCUCGCUGCGCCGCGCCAGUACCAGCCAGGACUCAUCCGCAGCUCCAUGCUUGUGCCCGGUUCGACUCGUCCAUCCUCCGAGAAGAGGCAGCCCAUGAGGCUCCCAGUACCCACUGAGUACCACCCUGAAGGAUGUCCCAGCUCUCCUCCACCCUGAAGCGCUAUACAGAAUCGUCCCGCUACACAGAUGCCCCUUAUGCCAAAUCGGGCUAUGGCACCUACACCCCUUCUUCCUAUGGGGCCAACCUGGCCGCCUCCUUCCUGGAGAAGGAAAAACUUGGUUUCAAGCCGGUUUCCCCCACCAGCUUCCUCCCGCGGCCCCGCACCUAUGGCCCCUCCUCCAUCCUGGACUGUGACAGGGGCCGCCCCCUGCUGAGACCUGACAUCAUUGGGGGUAGUAAGCGGUCUGAGAGCCAGACUCGUGGCAAUGAAAGGCCCUCGGGCAGUGGACUCAACGGAGGCAGUGGAUUCUCUUACGGAGUGACCAGCAACUCCCUCGGCUACCUGCCCAUGAAUGCCAGAGACCAGGGCGUGACCCUGAGCCAGAAGAAAUCGAACAGCCAAUCAGACCUGGCCCGAGAUUUCUCCAGCCUGCGGACCUCAGAUAGCUACCGGACUUCAGAUGGCUACCGGACCUCAGACAGCUUUAGGAUAGACCCCGGAAACCUGGGUCGCAGCCCCAUGCUGGCCCGCACACGUAAGGAGCUCUGUGCCCUGCAGGGCCUCUACCAAGCAGCCAGCCGUUCUGAGUACCUAACAGACUAUCUGGACAACUAUGGUCGCAAGAGCAGUGCACCACAGGUGCUCACGCAAGCCCCUCCCUCCCGAGUCCCUGAAGUCCUCAGUCCCACCUACCGACCAAGUGGCCGCUACACCUUGUGGGACAAGAGCAAGGGCCAGGCCUCUGGGCCCAGCCGCUCCAGUUCUCCAGGGCGAGACACCAUGAAUUCAAAGAGUGCCCAGGGUCUGGCUGGUCUUCGAAACCUUGGGAACACGUGCUUCAUGAACUCAAUUCUCCAGUGCCUGAGCAACACCCGAGAGUUGAGAGAUUACUGCCUCCAGAGGCUGUACAUGCGGGACCUUGGCCACACCAGCAGUGCACACACGGCCCUCAUGGAAGAGUUUGCAAAACUAAUCCAGACCAUAUGGACAUCAUCCCCCAAUGAUGUGGUGAGCCCAUCUGAGUUCAAGACCCAGAUCCAGAGAUAUGCACCACGUUUCGUUGGCUACAAUCAGCAGGAUGCUCAGGAAUUCCUUCGUUUCCUUCUGGACGGUCUCCACAAUGAAGUGAACCGGGUGGCAGCAAGGCCUAAAGCCAGCCCUGAGAACCUUGAUCAUCUCCCUGAUGAAGAAAAGGGGCGACAGAUGUGGAGGAAGUAUCUAGAAAGGGAAGACAGUCGGAUUGGGGAUCUCUUCGUUGGGCAGCUAAAGAGUUCCCUGACAUGCACCGACUGUGGCUACUGCUCAACCGUCUUCGAUCCCUUCUGGGACCUCUCGUUGCCCAUUGCGAAGAGAGGUUAUCCUGAGGUGAUGUUAAUGGACUGUAUGCGGCUCUUCACCAAAGAGGAUAUAUUGGAUGGGGAUGAGAAGCCUACAUGCUGCCGCUGCCGAGCCAGAAAACGAUGUAUAAAGAAGUUCUCCGUCCAGAGGUUCCCAAAGAUCUUGGUGCUCCACCUGAAGCGGUUCUCAGAAUCCAGGAUACGAACCAGCAAGCUCACAACAUUUGUGAAUUUCCCACUAAGAGACCUGGACUUGAGAGAAUUCGCUUCAGAAAACACCAAUCAUGCUGUUUACAACCUGUACGCUGUGUCCAAUCACUCCGGAACCACUAUGGGAGGCCACUAUACAGCCUACUGCCGAAGUCCGGUCACGGGCGAAUGGCACACUUUCAAUGACUCCAGUGUCACACCCAUGUCCUCCAGCCAAGUGCGCACCAGCGACGCCUAUUUGCUCUUCUAUGAACUGGCCAGUCCGCCCUCCCGUAUGUAGCAUUGAGGAGCUACAACCCUUCCCUCUUCCCUGUGGUGGCCCCACGUCCUAAGUUUUUUUUUUAAAAAUUCAGAAAAAAAAACACCACAAAAAAAAAAAACCAACAAAAUCCUGACAAGUGAGAGAAAAAUAAAGUAAAAUAAAGCUGCCGAGCAGAAGUUGAUACAGCCUGGUCAGGGUCUGGAGUGCGGAGCCAGGUGCCCCUGAGCCACGGCCUGUCGGGAAAGACGGACUGAUGCAGAGACAGAGUCAGCGGUGUCCCUCAGCGCCUCGGCUUCUCGUUUGCGUUUUUUAAGCUUGUGGUAUUUUUUCCUGUGUGUAAUAAAAACAACAGCGGUCUGUGGGGAGAGGAUCAGUCCACCUGCUGCCCCAGGGCCACACCUUCUGGGAGGACAGCGCCAUCUGGAGCCUGCUGGGAGCAUCGCUGCUGGAUGGAGCUCGGGCGGAGCCGGCUCGGAUGCUGCCCUGCCUGGGCCUGCUCGCCAGUCCGGAGAGGAAACACCCGUGAGCCAAGAGCCCUCCUAACGCUGCUAAGUCCAGGGGUACAGAUGAGGGUGACAUCUUUGAAAAAAGCUGGUUUGGGUUUUCAAAAACCCAAUUUUUUUUUUCUGUUUUUUAAAAUUUAACUGUAACGAACACGUUCCGACUGGAGAUGCGGUCCUUCACACCUCUCUUCACAGCUGGGACGUUGGGCUGGCUCCCUGUUUUUGUUUUUUGUUGUUAGGAUUUCUGUUUUGUUUUUGUUUCGUUUUUUUUUUCUUUCGUCAAAUACAACUUUCCUAAUGCUAGCCCCCUGUGGUGCUAGGUGAGUAUUGGCCAGGCCCAAGCAUAGCCACAGUAGACCUGGGAUCUAAAGUUUUCUGUUUUGAAGUUGUUUUUUUUUCCUUUAAUAUUUUGGAUGGAAUCUAGUUGCCUCCAAGAAUUGUGCCUUAUAGCAUUUGGGGACCAGGGGAUCACCUCCCCUUCCUGAGAUAUCCCUCAGCUGCUUCCCUUUAUCCCGUGCCAUGUUGAAAGCCACUUGGGGACAUGGGGUCCUGCCCUUAGCCCCUGGCUUGUGCACUGCAGUGGUUAAGAGGAAGUGGGUAAAUGGUGUUUCUUAAGAUAGUGUAUGAAGCUCUUCCCACCACCCUCUCACCCACCCCUGGUCUACUCCCCAGCUAUUUGAAGGACAGCACAGGCCCCUUGUUCCUCAAGCCCCCCCUUUAAUUUAUUCUCUUCUUGAUGCCCUUGUCCUCCAAGUUUCCUGCCACCAGUCCCUUUCUCAGAGUCUCUUAGACAAAGGCCCUCUGGACUGAGCUUCUCAGGGACACCCACACUACCCCUUACCCCUUCUUGGUACAAGUCUUUGGUCCUGCCCUGGGAGCGUGAGCCUGGAUGUCUGGGGAUGUCUUGUAUGAUUCUUUGCCGUGGGCUUGAUUUCGCCCUGACAUUGUCAAAAAACUCCAUGCUGUCCCAAGAACCAAGCUAUCCAGCACUAAGGCAUUUUGCACACCCUGCAGGUGCACCUGGCUUAUGUCCUCAGAACCUGGAGUGCUUGAGUGUCCCAGGACAAGGCACCCGAGAAAAGACACCCUGAGUUUACCUGGCCUGAUACCCUUUUCUAGGGAAGACCUGUGAACGUGAGCCCAAGGGCUGGUGUACACUUGUUUACUAUGUAAGCAAGAGUCGAAUGUCCAGUGUACAGUGGAGCCUUGUACAGAAUAAAUACUAGCUUUGAGAAAGAA